UUUAAAAACAAAAUAUAUAUAUAUAUAUAUAUAUUCAGUGCUGUGACUAUUCAUAAUUGUAUCCCCAUUCGCCAGAGCUUUAUAAAAUAGUCUCCCACCAUCUUGGUUACAAUACAUACCAACAACUAUAUACAUAUUGCUUUACUACUUUUUAAAAGUAACGUCUUUGGCCAGUUUCAAUACAUGUUUCUAAUCAUCAGCAGGAUAAAUUUCUGACAUUUUAUUCAGAAUAAUUUUUUUAUUAUAAUAAUAAUAAAAUGAUGAUUGUGGUUGAAUAAAAGUAUUGAUACGUUUAUUAUUUUAGAAUCAAUUAACAAAAAGUAAUUGACUUAAUUUCGAAAUUAUCAAGUUCAUAAUGUGACGUUACGGAAUAUCAUAUGUGUAGAUAAGAAAUCAUAAUUAUGAACUAAAAGAAUUAACUAAACUAAACAGUAUUGAAAUCGUAAUGUCAACUAGGUUAGGUAAUAAUCGAAAAUAAGGCACAUCGAACAAAGGUUGAUUUACUACAUAAAUUAUGUUAUGAAUGACAUGAAGAUAGUAAAAGUUCAAAAAAAAAUUUCUAAGAAGAUAUAUUCUUAGUGAUAAUGAAAUCAUUACUUCAUACCAAUUAUACCACAUGGAGUGAUACAAGACUAAAUUGUGAAAAAAUUUAAUAUACAGAGAAGUGUGUCAAAAAUUGAAUUAGUUACUUGUUAUAUUGUUCUAAAAAUCAAUUUGAAGAAUAAUAUAUAUUACAAUCAGUGAUUUCUGAUAUUAAUCUGACUGCCAUUACAUCACAAAUAAUUACCUUGAUUGUCACCGGUAGUUUUCAAUGAAACAUUAUUGUUUUCUAAAUAAUAAUCACAUUAUUUAAAAAAAUGCUAUGGUGGACAUAAGCCGUGCACGUGAGAGCUGCUCGAUAUUAUAUGACGGGUGGCUUCUUCCAAAGAUGACAGACUCAUCUUCGCCUUCUUCAACAUUUAUUAACACCAUCAACAGCAUUCUUAAUCUCAUAAAAUCUCUUCUACGCAUAGGAUUUGUUAUUAUUAAUAAUAUUUACUGUAUUCCUACGUAUGUAACAUGGAUGAUGUUACUAUUACCGGUCAAAAUAAUUCAACCAAAAAUUUAUUGGAGAAUAGAGGGUCUAUUUUUUCAUUGGUUACUAGCUAUGGUAUCAAUGUGGUCUUGGUCAGCUGGAUACGAUGUUGUUGAACAUGGUGAUGAUGUUCGACCAAUUAUAAAUGACAGAACACUGGUUAUAGCAAAUCACCAAAGUACUGGAGAUGUCCCUAUUCUGAUGACAACAUUUAAUGCGAAACCAAAUGUUUUACCAAAUCUCACAUGGAUUAUGGAUAGAAUGUUUAAAUUUACUAAUUUUGGCAUUGUUUCUCUAUUGCAUGCAGAUUUUUUUAUCUCUUCGGGUCGAAAAAGACGAGAAGAAAGUCUGAAACACUUAGAAAAGCAUUUGGAUAAUUAUUAUAUUCCCUUAGAACGAAAGUGGAUAGUUCUUUUUCCGGAAGGAGGAUUUCUUUGUAAAAGGCGAGAAACUUCACAAAAUUAUGCAAAGAAAAAUAAUUUGCCUAUUUUAGAAAAUGUUACUCUACCAAGAGUCGGUGCUAUGCGGACCAUUUUUGAUAAACUCGGUCCAGCUCAAAAUAAUAACACCUCUGAAGGGCAGCUUAAUCCUAGAUCAAAUCCAAUAGUCAUUAAACCGGAAGUACGUUGGGUUCUCGAUAUUACAAUUGCAUAUCCUCAAGGUAAACCUCUGGAUUUACCAACAAUUAUAACAGGAUCACGGCCACCAUGUGAAACCGUCCUUUUUUAUCGAAUUUAUCCUAGUACUGCAGUUCCAAAAGACUCAGAUUUAUUAUCUAAAUGGCUGUAUGAUAGAUGGGUGGAAAAAGAAAAACUAUUAGAUAAUUUUUAUAAAUAUGGAACAUUCGGUGACACUAGACAACUUAAUGAAGGUUUAAAAAUACAACAAGAUCCUCUAAGAUAUUUAGUGCUACACUUGUUUUUCCUUACGUCUAGUUACAUUCACUAUAAUAUGUUUUCAUAUGUGUUUUCGUAUAUUUGGUGAGAAUAAUUUUUAUUUGAUAUCAAAAUUUAUUAAAUUCAAUGGAUUUUAUAAGUUAUAUUAUACAAUUUACCGCACAUUGCAAAAUAUUUAAAUCACCUGUGGUACAUAAUGAAUUUUACUAAACAUUUUCUCACAUGCUGCCUGUGUAAAAUUAACUAGAAGUUCUAUAAAACUAUUGCAUUUUAUUAAUAGAUUACUAUACAAGCAUUGAAUGAAGAUUUUUUAAAAAUAUUCUUCAAUAACAACUUCUUGUCAUUAUAUUUAAAAUUUUAAAACUUUAGUCACAGUAUUAAUAAAAUAAUUGCAGAAGAAAUUUUCCACUUUUAAUAGUUCAAUAAAUAUCACUGGCUUUUGAUAUUAUUCAUUAUAUUAUAGACUAUUAUUUCAUUGCAAUUAAUGAUUAAUUUUAGAUUAUAACUUAAAUGCUUGAUACUAAUUUUAAAAUAAUGUGCAGUGCUUUGUAAAAUGAAACAUUUUCGGAUGAAAUUUGAUAAAUAUUGUAUUUUUCAAAAUCUUUGUAAGUAAAAUUUAAAAUGGAUAAUUAAAAAUGGUGAAAAUGGUGCGUGCAUGUAUGUACGUAAGCAUGUAUGUAAUUUUUUAAUAUCAUAAUUAAUACGGUUAAAAAUAACACAAAAUUUUAUACGGCCCAUUCUUGGUAUUCUAUCUUAAAUUUAUACAGUAAUAGUGUAUGUAUGUACAUAGAUUUCUUAUUGUUUUGUAAAAGAUUAUUUUUAUUCAGUUUGAUGAAAAUGAUUUUGAUUAAGUUACGAUGAUUAUUGUAAGAGCUAUUUUAUUUCCUCAAUAAAUGUAAUGCAUAGUAUAAUCAUUGAAGUUUAUCGAAACAGUUUAACAAAUGAAUUAAAAGUCAAAAAAAUGUGAUGUAUUUUAUUAAUACAUUGAACUAAAAACUUUAAAUAAUUUUAAUUUUAUUUAUCUUAGAACUUUAAUUUUUAGGA